CUUAGAAUAAACAUUCAUAUACAAUUUAAAUGUUUAAUUAUAAUUCGGAUCACAAUAUAACGCUUAAUUCACCACAUAAAUCUGUAUAAUAAGCCACUUUUGUUAUAUUCAGUUGAGUAACUUGACCGAUAAGAAUACAUUUUAGUAUUAGAAAUGCAAUUUCACCACCAGAUUCUUCACCAGAAAAAAAUACUUUAUACUUUUAAUUCUAGUUUCUUUACUCUUAAUAAAAUUUUAACGAUACUGAUUAAUUGAGCUUCAUUAAUAAUAUUUUAACUUAAUUUUUUACGAUUUUGAAAAGUAAAAGACAAGGUAGACAAAGUACUUUUUGGAGUUAUGUAGAAUAUUUCUCAGAUGUGCCUUGAAACAACUAUUAAUAGAAAUUCAAAUUGAUUUUUUUUAUUACUAAUUAUUUUUGAUUGGUGUUUAAGGCAUUAUGUAGAUUGAAGUUAGUAGAUAAAAACUCUAAAGAACCCCGACUUGUUCAGUCAGUCGAUUUAAAUUGGUUUGCAUAUGUAUAAUAUAUAAUUCUUAAACAAAUUAUAUGAUCCAAAAUUGAUACCAAAAAAGUAUAAAUCUAUCUUUAAUUUGUCACCCAGAAGAACGCUAACAAUUUCGACGUCAUAAGGAUCCGGAUCUUGUCUCACCUGGCACAACCACCACCAACAACACCACGCCACACCCACAACCCUCAUCAACAUUAGCAUGGCCAUAACUAUUAUACCAUAAUACCUUUUGUAUUGUACUUUGAAGCAAACGAUAACAUAGGUGGGGGUAUCGAUAUAUAUACAUUUCAUAUUGAUUAAUUUAUAAUUCAAUUGGCAUAUUAUUAUACAGGUAGGUAUGCCUCGGAUUAUAAAGUACGAGUACCCAUGUUCUAUGUUUGGAAUAUUUGGGUAUACACUUUACCGACUGCGGACAUAGAAUCAUUAAUAGGUUUUAAACGAGUUUCUACUGUUAAAUGUCUAUACAUAUCUUAUAAUUUACAGAAAAUAAUAAUCAUGCCAGUGUGUGUAUUAUAUUUCCAUUAAUGGGCCAGAAGAAUAAAACAGGAAAUCUAUUCAAUUUAUAGGUACAUUAGGGAAAUACUACCGUUGCUUAAAUUAUUUGAACGAUGGGAAAUAUACUCAUAUUGCAAUUUAAUUUCAACGAGGACAGACGUAUCUCUAUUUCAAUCAACAUGAGUUCUACCGAUCGUGAUGCAAAUUAUUACACAAAGCGUCAGAAGAAUAAUGAGGCGGCCCGAUUAAGUAGGUUGAAACGAAAAGAAAUCGAAAAUCAAACUGAAAAAGAAAAAAGAAAACUUGAAGCAUCAUAUGUUAAACUGCACCGGGAAUUACUUCAGAUCCAUAAAAUGAAAUUAGAUCAGGCAUUAAGAACAUCAUGUUUAGAACAAUUAAAACGACAAAGUUAAUAUCAUUGGUUGUAUGCAAAACAUCGGUAUAGUGAAUAUUUUUGGUAUGUUUUUUUGUAAGCACCGAUGUUUUUUUUAUAUCAUUUGUCAACUAAUUCAAAAUAUGUAGUUACAGCGAUUAAUAAUUUUUCUUUUCUUUUAUAUACUUAAAUUGUUUACUUAUGAUUACACAACUAAUGUAAAAG